CCCCGCCUUUUUUCUAAUCUCAAUUCAGAACUCCCCUUUUCUUCACUAAAACCCUAACAUUUCAAAAUCUAUUCCGCAAGAUAAACAAAAUGCGAACCGAAGAACAAAGACAAAGAGCUGAGUCAAAUCGAUUAGCAGCAUUAGCCAAGAGAAAAGCAUUCACCGAAUCAGCCAUCAACCAAAACCAACAACAAGAACAGCAGCAACAAAAUAAUCCGUGGCGGCUUUUUAAAUGUAGAAAGCUCUCUCCGGAUCACACUCCAAGCACUACUAAUAUUACUCCGAUUGAACCGAAAUCGAACACCCAUUCGGACCAAAAGUUCCGGGUCCGCCUCGAAAUCUGCUCUCCCGACUCUUUUUCCAUUACUCCUAAGGCUUUGCAAGGGUUUGUUUACCCUGGUGAAGAGGAAUGUUUAAACAGAUUAAAUUGCUGCUUGUCUGAUGUGAUGCCGUCACACUACACGCAAAAUCAUGGAGGCGGAAAGGCUUGUGUUUAUAAGCUUAUAUAUUAUGAUGAGGUUUUAUCGUGUUUAAAGAAGUACAAGGUUAUUGAAAUUGAGAAGAUACCUUUUGGCACGCUAAAUGUUGUCCAAAGACUUUCGCAUUCCUUUGAAACGGGGAAAUGGGAGCCCUUGAGGCCUGAACAUUUGUGUGAUGAAAAGGUUGAUGAAUUGAUUGGGAAACUACCAAGAAAGAUUUUGGAUGUACUCUUACCUUUCCAACUAGAUGGUUUAAGGUUUGGUUUACGAAGGGGUGGUCGAUGUCUUAUUGCUGAUGAAAUGGGUCUUGGAAAAACUCUUCAGGCAAUUGCUAUUGCUGGCUGUUUCAUGAAUGAGGGCCCUAUACUCAUUGUUUGCCCUGCUAUACUACGGUUUUCAUGGGCAGAAGAAUUAGAGCGAUGGAUGCCUUCCUGUUUACCUUCUGAAAUUCACCUCGUUUUUGGUCAUCAAAACAACCCUGCAUAUCUUACAAGAUGCCCGAGAGUUGUGGUUAUUUCUUUUAAAAUGCUUCAACACCUGCAAAAGAGCAUGCUUGAGCGAGAAUGGGCUCUUCUAAUAGUUGAUGAAUCUCACCAUGUGCGUUGCUCAAAAAAGAAGUCAGAACCAAAUGAGAUAAAAGCUGUUCUUAAUGUGGCAGAAAAGGUCAAACGCAUAGUUCUUUUAUCUGGGACACCUUCUUUAUCCAGGCCAUAUGACAUUUUUCAUCAGAUAAAUAUGUUAUGGCCUGGCUUACUAGGACAGAGCAAAUUUGAUUUUGCAAAAACUUACUGUGCAAUUAGACAUGUUCAGACUUCUGAGGGGAAUCGUUUCCAGGAUUUCUCAAAGGGCAUCCGCUUGGAAGAACUGAAUGUGCUACUUCGGCAAACUGUUAUGAUAAGACGUUUGAAGAAGCAUGUGAUGGAGCAGUUACCACCAAAACGUCGACAAAUUAUACGAUUAUUGUUGAAGAAAUCAGACAUAGUAUCGGCAAAGGAAGCCGUUGGGAUUGUGAAUGAUGAUACUUCUGAAGGUGGUGGUGCUUCUUGCAGAUCAAGUAAACUCUCCUACCAAGAGCUUGGUAUUGCAAAACUACCUGGGUUUCGAGAUUGGCUUUGCAUUCAUCCGCUCAUUUUAGAAUUAGACAGCGUAGCAGAAUUGGAUGUAAACCCCAUUUCCCAAAAGAUGAUAAUUUUUGCUCAUCACCAUAAAGUUCUUGAUAGAGUGCAGGAGCUCAUUUGUGAGAAAGGGGUUGGUUUUGUCCGUAUUGAUGGAAAUACACUUCCCAGAGAUAGGCAAUUAGCUGUUUCAUCAUUCCAAUCAAAAAAUGAGAUUAAGAUUGCAAUUGUUGGUAUAACUGCUGGGGGUGUUGGACUUGAUUUCUCCUCAGCUCAAAAUGUUGUGUUCUUGGAGCUGCCUCAGUCUUCAUCACUGAUGCUUCAGGCUGAGGAUAGAGCUCAUAGGCGAGGACAAACAAGUGCAGUCAACAUAUACAUCUUCUGUGCAAAGGACAGUAUGGAUGAAAAACAUUGGCAAUAUUUAAACAAAAGUCUGCAUCGUGUUUCAUCAAUUACUGAUGGAAAAUAUGAUGCAGUUCCAGAGAUACCAGUUGAUAAAGUUUCUUUUUUAGAGACAAGAAGUAAGGCUGAGGGAAGUUCUUGCAAUCAGGUUUUGGAGAAAGACUCAUCCGACAAGAAUUCUGCCAUUACAGCAGUGGAUAUGCAAUCAUUUGAAACCCAUGAUAGAGUUGGAAUGCCAGUUGAUAUAUCCAACGAGCAAUCUAGUUCUAGUGCCAGUGCUGUUCAAACAGAUGAAUUUCAACUUAAGGUGGAGAAGGCUAGUAUGGUUCCUGAUCAAGAAUUGUGUGAGUAUUUUUCCCCAAACGGAAAAGCGGAGAGAGAUGUUUCUGGAAGUGAAAUCAGCCGUCAUGAUGGAGUUUCACCUUCUAAGUUGGAUAUGGGAGAUCGGAAUUGGUUAGCAAAGGAACAAAGUGCCUCUCCUCAGACAAAAAAAAUAGACGGCCAUGGACCUGUUUUGGAAAAUGAAGCUCGUGAAACUUUCUGCAAUCAAGUAUAUUCUCUGCGCUUUGAGGUGAGCCAAUAUACUGGGAGGAUUCACUUGUAUUCCUGCAUUCCAGGGACAGACUCGAGACCGCAGCCGCUAUUCGAGAAUUUCCGACAAGAGGAACUUGAAACACUUUCUCCUGUUGCCAGUGAUAACAAAUCAACUGUUAAGCCUUUUAAGGGCAACCCAGUGUAUAAGGAUGCACUUCUUGCAUUCAUUGAAGAGUGGAAUAAACUAAGGCCCGUUGAGAGAAGGAAACUACUUGGGAAAUCUUUGCAGCUUCCUCUGUCUAUUGAGCUAUGUUACUUGAAUGAAAAUAAUAAUCAUAAUACUAAGGGACUUCUGAAGGGCGGAAGUAAACGACGCAUGACCCCGUGGUCUGAGAUUAGCUAUCCCUUACCGUCUAAUGCUAUUUGGAAAACAGUAAACCUGUCAAGUAGCUAUGGCAAGAAGGAAAAAGCGUACACACAGGGUUGGAGCAUAGAAGAUGGUCCACUUUGUAAACUCUGUCAAACACCAUGCAAGGGAAGCAAUGCUAAGACACCUGAAUUCCUUGAGGAUCUUUUCUGCAAACUUAGUUGCUAUGAAGAAUACCGUUUAAGAACUAGUGGCAGAUCCCUUCGACAGGAACUUUUUCAAAUGGAACAUGGGAUCUGCACGAAUUGCCAAUUAGACUGCCAUAAUCUUGUUAAGACCGUGAAGCCUUUAUCCAUGGAGAGGCGAAGAGAGUACAUUGAGAAGGUAGCACCAAAUGUGGCAAGUCGGAAGAAAUUGGUUGAUAAGCUAGUCAAUGCUCCAUCUGAAGGCAACGCAUGGCAUGCGGACCACAUUAUUCCUGUAUAUAGGGGUGGAGGAGAAUGCCGACUAGAGAAUAUGAGGACUCUGUGUGUGGCAUGCCAUUAUGAUGUCACUGCUGCACAACGCACUGAACGUCGGCAGAUAAGGGCCAAAGCUAAAGCACAUCUCAAAACCAUUUUGAAUGACCUCAAAAGUGACAAGACAAUGGAGAGUAGCAGUAGUUCUAAGAUGCAAGACGAUGACAUGGAAGACGAGCUUCUAGUCAAGGUUCCUGGAAGUGCCUAUUCUGUCAUCAAAGUCACAAGUCCUGAGAAUGAAGAUUUGAAGAAAUCUCCGGAAAGCUGAAGAAUGAUCAGAACAGCUUCAUAUUCAAAUCCGUUGCUUCGAUUAAAGCUACCUGUCUGUCGUAGAAUUGUGGAAAAUCAUGUACAGUUUUUGUAUCCAGAGCAUCGGUAGUUUCCGCAAAAUGAUGUAGCACAUGGUUCUGAGUUCUAACCACAUUGUUUGUCAUAUUUUUUGGAUGGCUUGUAAAAUUCUAGGUAGAGAGCAGCCAAAUGGUAUAGGAGCACAUUUUGUUUUGUCAGAAAGUGAGUCCAAUUAUGUUCAGUAUGAACUUUCAUUUAAUCAUUUAUUUGACAAAUAGAAAAUUGUAUUCUGUUUGAUCUGCAUAUACACACAGGGCAACUACCCUUGAGUGUAUUUCCAUUUUAGUUUUGUUAUUUAAAUGCUAAUUUUCUUUUGUGCUAAAA